CCGGGCCGGGUAGCGGAGCCUGGGCGUGGGCGGGUUCCCUCGGACACACGUCGCUGGUCGGCCCUGAGCAGCGGUCGUCCACCUUUGGGGUACCCGCCCUACGGCGGCGGGAGGAGUCCGCAGUCCGUGCACGAGCUUGCUGCCGCCGUCCCCGCCAUCCCGGCGACAGAUCGUUCCCCACACGCCCAUGCUGUCCGCUGAUCAUCCUGACCCGGGCGAUUUUGGAGGUUCAUGGAGACGCUUGAAGAGGCCGGGCUGGGACAGUGACGCUUGAGCUGGGUGGCGAGAGCGGACGAUGCGGGGAGAACGAUCAGAAGUAUCUCUGGUCACAGGAAACAAGAUUCUGUUUCAUGAAGAAGAUGAAAACAACUGGGUUACUGUUAAAAACCACCCAAGAGAACACCAUAGACCAAUGAGUAGAAUCAAUAAGAACGUGGUCUUGGCCCUUUUAACACUGACGAGUUCUGCAUUUCUGCUGUUUCAGCUGUACUACUACAAGCACUAUUUGUCAGCAAGGAAUGGACCGGGUUCCUCAAAAUCCAAAGGAAAUCGAGUUGGAUUUGAUAGCACACAGUGGCGUGCAGUUAAGAAAUUUAUUAUGCUGACAUCCAGCCAAAAUGUGCCAGUGUUCCUUAUUGACCCGUGGAUUCUGGAAUCAAUUAAUAAAAACUUCGAACAAGUGAAAAAUGCUUCUCAAGGCCCGGCUUCAGAAUGCAGAUUUUUCUGUGUUCCUAGAGACUUUACUGCAUUCGCACUGCAGUAUCACCUGUGGAAGAAUGAGGGUGGCUGGUUUCAGAUAGCUGAGAACAUGGGGUUUCAAUGCCUAAAGACUGAAAGCCAAGAUCCUCGGCUAGAUGGAAUAGACUCACUUUCUGGGACUGAAAUCCCUCUGCACUACGUCUGUAAGCUGGCCACUCAUGCCAUCCACUUGGUAGUCUUUCAUGAGAGGAGUGGCAACUACCUCUGGCAUGGUCACCUUCGACUCAAAGGACACAUGGAUAGGAAGUUUGUUCCUUUUCGAAAGUUACAAUUUGGUCGUUAUCCUGGAGCCUUUGACAGGCCAGAGUUACAGCGAGUUACCGUUGAUGGACUAGACAUGCUUAUUCCGAAAGACCCAGGGCGCUUUCUAGAAGAAGUGCCUCACUCCAGAUUUAUCGAGUGCAGGUAUAAAGAAGCUCGGGCGUUCCUUCAGCAGUACAUUGAUGAUAAUACUGUGGAUGCUAUGGUCUUUCGAAAGAGGGCAAAGGAGUUACUGCAACUAGCAGCCAAGACACUGAAAGAGCUGGGAGUGCCCUUCUGGCUGAGCAGUGGGACUUGUCUAGGAUGGUAUCGGCAGUGCGGUAUUAUUCCUUACAGCAAAGAUGUCGACCUAGGGAUUUUUAUACAAGAUUACAAACCUGAUAUUAUUUUGGCAUUUCAGGAAGCAGGACUUCCACUCAAACACAAGUUUGGGAAGGUGGAAGACAGCUUGGAGCUAUCCUUCCAGGGAAAAGAUGAUGUAAAACUUGAUAUUUUUUUCUUCUAUGAAGAGACUGAUCAUAUGUGGAAUGGAGGCACGCAGGCCAGAACAGGAAAAAAGUUUAAGUAUCUGUUCCCCAAGUUUACACUGUGCUGGACUGAGUUUGUGGACAUAAAAGUGCAUGUUCCCUGUGAGACAGUGGACUACAUUGAAGCCAACUAUGGUAAGACCUGGAAGGUUCCUGUCAGGACGUGGGACUGGAAGAGCUCACCCCCGAAUGUGCAGCCCAAUGGCAUCUGGCCUAUUUCGGAGUGGGAUGAGGUUAUCCAGCUGUACUGAGGACACUGCGCUCAGGUGGAACAUUUCCCAGAAAGAAGGCGGUAACUGAUUAAAGCACUACUGGUUUUCUGCUUGGUGGGAGAGCCAAAGAAGAGAGAUGACGAGUUGGAAGACAGAAAAGGUUUUCUGAUUCAUGGGCCAUCCAAUUAGUUCUGCCAUUCAGCAUUUACUGAGGAGUUUAUACACCAGGUGAAAUACCAGGAUCUGGUGAAUGAGCGAAUGCCAGCCUCUUCCUUGUCCUGCUGGUAAGCACUGCAAUUUUCUUUUGAAGGAAACUUACUCUCUGAAGAGCUGGUACACAAUAUGAUGUAUUCCAUAAUGAUUUUUAAAAUGUUAAUUAGUGUUUAUGCCAGAAAGUGAGCUCAUCAGAUGAAGCUUACAAAGGCUAUGUUAGUAAGAAUAAUUCAUUCCCGCCUGUCCUCAGGAUUUAAGCUGCUGCAUUAGUGCUGCUUUCAAGGUUGUGGAAUCUGAGUUAAUAUUCCAGUAAGUGAUUAGACUUCGUCCCACAGAGACAAGAUGGUAGCAAACUCAUUUUAUAAGCAAUUGGCUUCAAGCACAGGGUGUUCUGUAAGGGAAGAUGAGAGCCCAUCUUGUGAAGACAUACACUAUUUUCAUAUUUGAAGUGGACAGUGGAUGCUUGGAUGAUGCUUGAGUCUCUGACAUCAUAGGAUAUUUUCACUGACCUGCAGUAGUACUUGCUGAUAAAUCAUUCAGUCAUAGUAUCUGAAAGUUGUGACAUCUCAAAGCUUACUUUCCUUAUUUCAUUUUCAAUCACUCUUAGAUUUAAAAAUGGAAGUUAUUCGUGAAUAUUUUUAUAUUUUAUUAAUGUAUAACUCUUCUGCCCUUGAUUUUAAUAUUGACACUAAAUACUAAUAGACAUACCUCUGAAUUUUUUUAAAAAUACCCUUUAUUUAUUUAUCAACCAUAGCUCCAUAUGUUUAAUUUAUGGCCUACAUAAUAAUUUAUUUAGCAUAAAGUUAUGACUGUUCUUCUUUUCCAAUAUUACUUCAAGUUUCAAAAAUGGAAGGUUAACAUGAACCUGGAAACUAUUCCUUUUUCUAGAUCACUGUCUUUAAAAGCCUGUGUUCAUCUCUAGCUUUUUCAUUCUGCUGCAUGUAACAGGGCAAGGACUUCCUACUGCCAAGUACUGCACAUGUGGGACCCCUUGAUUUCUUUUUUCUUCUCAAAAUACACUCAUGAGUAGGUUGGGCAGUGCUUAAGCCUGCACUCUCAGUGAGAGAUGACACAGCAAAUGCCUGCCUGUCUUCCUGGCCUGGGAGCGGAGGGGCACUGCUCCCUGCUGCUUAGGGAUGUGCUUCAGGGCAGCCUUGCAGAUUGCCCUUGGAAUGUGUAAUCACUAAAAUGGAAACCAGAAUGUCUGAGGAAAUGGGCUGGCAGAAAGAAAGAAAGAAAAAGAAAAACUUGGAGGAAGUAACUUGAAGCCAGCUACUUCCAAAUUUUAACUUGAAAACUAUCUUUAUUGGAUGAUAAGCAACAGUCUGUUAGGAUGCAGCCUCUAUGUAGGAAUAUUGUCUCUCCAUAUGCAUCUCACCAGAUUGCUGUAAUUAUUAGCAAACUUGUACCCAAAUGACAGAUCAUAAUCAGUUCUUUCCUAGGAAAUAAGUCCGUAGAAUAUGUACCCCAGUUUUAGAUAGCCAACCCUUUAUAUUUUUAUGCACCUAAAACAAAACAAACCCAAUAACAACAACCAGACACCCACCCUACCUGGAGAGGGUCAUUUGCUCGUACUCAAUAUCAAGGAGUAAGUAUGUUUACAUCAUGUUCCUUGAGAGCCCCACCUUCUGCCAGGAGGUCUUGCCCACCCCUGUUCCAGUUACUUCUCUCAUAUCCAUCGUUGUAGGGCAAGGUCUGCUAGUGUCCUGAUACAAACUCUCUUGGUCCUGUGCAUAGAGGUUCUGUAGUCUUCCCUCCAGAAAGGAUGGGUAAACUUGUCUUCCCCCUGGGUUGGCUUAGCUUUUAGGUUCUGCCCCACCUUGGAGAAAAUUUCCCCGAAUUUGCAGGUGAGGUUUACCUCUGAAAAUGACCCCAUGAUUCAGUCACACUGAAGCCAGUGCUUCUUAACCUUUGAACUCUGAUGAGUGGGUCAGGGGUGCCCACCUGACUGACCCUUUCAGAUCACUUCUCUUCCCUCCCUGAAUAUGCUAACUUUAUUCUCCUAAUGUGACUUUCUGGUGCCGUUUGCCUGGCUUGCUUGAAGAUACCUUUUAUAUUAACUUGUUCUCAUGUCGCCGAGGAUAUUCCCAGGGAGACCCUGAAAAGCAGACACUUUGUUAGUUUCUAACAGCCUGCUACUUCCCUAAGCAGGGACAACUUGCCCUGCUCUUGGCUACAGUUACUGACAAUGGCCACUGAGAUAAAAUAAUAGUAACUGAAGCCGGGCAUCCCUAGAGUAGCUGAGGUCAGUUCUUACUGUCGCCUCCAUGACACUUCAGCGCUUGAUGAGUUUCCCAGUGUCUCAGUGGCAUGUGGGGACCAAAAUGCUGAGGAGGGAUAUUUCUUCUUGUCCAAAAUCCUCAGGCCACCUUCUUACCUUGAUGGGGAGGCGGGGCAAGGAGCCUCAUCUACAAAAAUUAGAACAGUUUCUGUCUGAAGACAUCACCUGUGGUUUCCGACUCUUGAAAUGUUUAAAGGAUUAGGCGAGAUAUAAGGUGCUUCCAUUCAGGACCAGGGCUAAGUAAGUACUCAGGAGAGGUGCUGUUUCCUAAUUCACGGUUCCGUUGUGACUUGGAAGAUUGCGUGACAAAGUUGCUUAGAAAUAAAGUUGGGACCGAGGCUCUGGUGAGACGGCUAAGCAGCUGAAAGCACUGUCACCAAGUCUGGCAUGAGUUUGACCCCCAGGACCCAUGUAGUGGAAGGAGAGAACCUCAGAUUACCUGCCAUCCAGUAUGCAGGCUCUGAUGUGCUCAGGGCGCCUCUCUAGCACGAGAGGCCACCACACACACACACACACACACACAGUAAAUUUAAUGGAAAUUUUUUACUGUAUCUAAGCAUUACACGUCAAAUUAUAUGAUUUAUGAAUUUAGAGUCAUUGCCAUAUUACCUCCACCUGAAGCAGAGACGGUUCUCAUUUAGUUGACCAAAUUGCUGUCUUCUAAUACUAACCCAUUGUUGUACUGUUUCCUUUUAAGCCCUGUUAGAUUCCUCUUAAAUUUUGUGCCUAGUCUGAUAGGGACUUGCUUUUCAAUAUUCUAGCUUUGGGCAGCAAAUAUCACUAUAUAUAAUAAUUUGCAGAACCAAAGAUCUUGGAAUGCCUGCUCUGUAUAGAAAUGUGGGUUAGUGGUGGACUAAUUGCCCAGCAUGUGUGAGGUCUGGAUUCAGAGCAAAGCACCAGAAGUCGGAGACAGAAGGCUUACCACAGGCCAGCUUGGGCUGCCUAGUGAACACCAGCCUAUCCUGGGCUGCCUAGUGAACACCAGCCUAUCCUGGGCUACCUAGUGAACACCAGCUAUCCUGGGCUGCCUAGUGAACACCAGCUAUCCUGGGCUACCUAGUGAACACCAGCCUAUCCUGGGCUGCAGCGUAAGCCCCUCUAUUGAGGGAGGACAGAGGAGGGGAGAGGAAGAGAUACAGAGACAGAGAUAGAGAGAAGGAGAAUAAAUCUGCCCACAGAUCUAUGUUUUUAUCUAAGUUAGCUAAUAGCAGGAUAUAUAAUGCUAUUUUAAGUAGUCAGUUGUAGGCAAACAGACCAAUUCAGUCUUGAUGCCUUUUGUAUAGGACCAAUAGGCAAGUAUAAAUUUUCUGAGAAAUUUGUUUCUAUACCCUCAGAACACCUAGGCUAAAAUUUGUUUCUAUAAUUCCUGGACCUAAUCUAAUAGAAUUGCUUGGAGGGCCCAUUUAGUCAUCCAGACUUCUGUCUACUUACAAGUAGCUUUCACGGAAGGGCAAUGUCAUAUAAAGUAUUCUGUCAUGCACUUUAAAAAAAUAUAAGCUUGUACGGCCUUAUGACAAUUUAUUCUAAGCAUGAAAACUGGUUCUUGAGUUUAUUAAAUGUAGCUCUGUCAACGUGUGACAUACGACUGUGACACAUGUAUGUGAAUUUUCUAAACAAAGUUAUGUUUUAAACAUGAGAUUUCAGUAUAUGCUUACCAGUUUAAUAUUUGGUUUUAUCUUCAGGUAUAGUUUAUGGUACUACUGAAAAUAGUUUUAAUAUUAUUACUCUGAUCUGAAUUUGUAAAAUAUAAUC